AUGAAUUUCCACACGCUUCGCCCAAUCAUUCAGCACUACCCAUACCCAGUUCCUUCAGGCUAUUUCUUGACGGAUUGCAUCCUCCGGCUGGAUGAGCUUUUUGAUGAGAAGAUGCUGGUUGGCGGCAGCAGCAAAUUGCAGCUAGCGGCAGAGGAGGGCGUGAAGCUCAAGAAGCUUUGCGGAGCUGUUGAAUCUUCUGAUGAAGAGCAACCUGAUCCAGAAGAAUCUGGAUCUGACAUUGGGGAGCCGCAUGAUGACGAUGAGGUGCCAGAAGGUGAUGGCGAGCCUGCGGAGGAAGACGUCGUCGCGGCAGAGACAUCUUCCGAAUCUACCACCUUGAGACUUCCAGGUUACAGCAGUAACUCAGUAUGUCUUCAGCACGAAGGGGUUUCUUUUGUCUUUCUUUUGUCAGCCCUACUCCCUAUGAGUUUGAAGCAUUGUGAGACUAAUGUUUUUUGGCAGCUUGCCUUUGCGUCAGUGAGGAAGUGGUGA